AUGACGUUCGAUCCCGAGGACGAAGCUCGUGGGCUGGUGUCAUACCAUAACACACAUAUCAUGGCUUCCCCAGGAAACAACAGCGCUAUUGCCCAGGGCGCCUUUUUCUUCAACCAUGAACAUACAGGUGUUUUUCUCAACUUGAGCGGCCAGGAGAAGGUGACUCGAGGAACCAAUACAGAUCAUGCUGCACAGGCUGCCCAUACUGCCCAGACCUCCCAGACCUCCCAGCUUCCAAAGACUGGCGAGUUCAACACGAAGAAGUCUAACGGCAUGGAGUCCAAGCCGGUGGACCCAGCCAUAUCGAGCAUGCCAAACAUACCCAAGGUCGUGAUUCCUGGACUAACCCUCCUUCAAGAUGCGGAGAGACGAUCCCAGUCAGGUAUGUUCAAUUCUCGAUCUCAUCCAUGCGCCGUUUGA